CGUAAAGUUUUAUUUUAUUCUCCUCCUUCGUUGGCUCUUGGAGUCUGAACAUCAACAUCAGAGAGAUCUCUAGAUUGCUGGUGGUGGAUUCGAAAAAUCUCUCACGGUCGGUUCUUGACAACGGAUCAAGCUCUCUAAUCAUCUCCCCCAAAUCUGCGUUAUCAUCUGAUCCAUCGAGUAUUUCUCUUUUUUUUUAUCCUUAAUUUUACUUUUUUCGUAAAUCUGAAGAAAUCAUGAAUUCGAACUUCGGGAAGAGAUCGUCCGGAUCAACCAAUAGCUUCGAUUUCGAUCUGGGACUCGGAUCGAGCCAAGGUAGACCUCUGAAUGGCCAGAAAAGCCAAACGUCUUCUUAUUCAAGCUCAAAUUCGCAGCCGAGACCUGCGUGGCAGCCUGGUAAGCCUUCGUGGACGCAUCAGCCCGCGCCGAAGCAGACUACGAUCCGAUCCGAGAUCGGUAGUGGACCGACUUCGAUGGUUGGUGAUAUUCACGGUAAGACGUGGGGUUCAGCUUCGGGAUCGGGUUCAGGUUCGGGUAUUGGGAUUGUGAACAAGGAUCCUAGUUUGUUUGGAGAUCUGGUUGGUUCCGCGAUUGGUCAAGGUAAAUCUAAUAGAAACGUGCCGUUGAAGAAUGCACCGCCUGUUUCGAAUAAGAGUCCUUACUCUAUGGGGAAUUUGGCUGAUUCGUUGCCCAAAUCGGGUAAUUCUAUGAAAACUGGUGGUGGUUUGGGUUAUAAUAGUAGUAAUCCGAGUGGUUUUUCAGGUGGUUACACGAGCUCCGUUGGUGUUAAGACGACUCCAAAUCUUGGAGGUCCUUCAAUGAAAAAUAUGUCUGGUGGGAAUAUGAGUGGGUCUGGUAUUUCUUUGAAUAGUGAUCCCUUUGGUUCUUUGCUUGGUUUUGGAUCAAAGUCAUCAGGAAAGGUUAACAACAAUGCACAGAGUUCAUUCCAAUCCGGAGCAUCGAAGCCGAACCCGAAUGGUAGCGGUUUCGCGGGGUCGACCACUCAAAACAACGACUUUGGUGAUUUCCAGAAUGCUGCGAAAUCAAACUCGUUCUCAUCAGGCGGGUUUACGAGUGGCUUUAAUGCUUCAAACGUUGAUUUUGGUGUGCAAUCAAGUGGUCCUCAGUCUUCGAGUGUGAACGAUGAUGAUCCAUUAGGAAUGUUUACUAGUUCCAAUUCCUCAGCUGCAGCAGCGGCUACACCACAAACUGAAGAUUGGGGAUUUGAAAGUUUUGACGGUGGGGCUGAUUCUGGCGGCGGUUCUACCACUGAGCUUGAUGGGUUGCCGCCACCUCCACCGGGUGUAUCUGCUACAUCAGCUAAGAGCAAGGGUAUUGAUAACCAGAGACAAGGUCAGUAUGCUGAUGCCAUAAAGUGGCUCUCUUGGGCUGUGAUUCUUAUGGAUAAAGCUGGAGAUGAAGCUGGAUCAGCAGAGGUUCUUUCAACAAGGGCUUCGUGUUACAAAGAAGUUGGAGAGUAUAAGAAGGCUGUAGCCGACUGCACAAAGGUAAUUGAUCACGACAAGAAGAAUGUGACCAUUCUGGUUCAACGAGCACUUUUAUACGAGAGCAUGGAGAAAUACAAACUCGGAGCUGAAGACCUAAGGAUGGUUCUAAAGAUCGAUCCUGGGAAUAGAAUCGCUAGAAGCACAGUUCACCGCCUAGCCAAAAUGGCUGAAUGAUCCUCCAUAUAUAACUAUAUAUACUUUUCAAAGAAAAACAAAAAAAAUCCCUUGAAAUCUCUAUAAUCCUUCUUCUCAUUGCUCAAUACGGUUUCGUCUCUCAUCCAUGGACCACGCGUGCGUGUAUUUUUUUUUUUUUUUGGGAGAUUUAUUGGUUCGUCUAUAUGGCUCAUAAAUGUAUUUUUUUGGAACAGUGCAUUAUAUGUUGUUGAUUUUCUUCUCAAGUUUAUCAUAAAAUGGUUGGACAUCAAUGUUUCAUGAA